UGAACGCGAUACGCAGGAGCAAGAUGGACUCGGACUCGGAUGACGACUUUGCCGUCUUUGGCAUGGAUGCUAGCGCCAUGGCCAACGUCGUCGACGACGACUCGCUCACGGACGCCGAGCUUCUCCAGAAGGCCGAGGUCGCGAUCCUCGAGACGAACGCGACCUCGAUCGAGCCGCUGCUCGCGCAAGCCGCAUCCGAGCGCACGCGCGCACUCCUCGACAUGGCCUUGCUCCUCGCCAAGGGCCAGUACGCCGACGUACUUCGCUUGCAGCCGGUCCAGGACCUCUUUUCGCAGCUCCAGCAGUCGGAUGCGCGCAAGCAGGCGUCGUCGCAUGCAUGCACGUACAUUGCCCAGGCGCUCGAAGUGCGCUUCGCCGCUUCCGACGACAAGCUCUCGCUUGGCUACACGGUGCUAUUCGCCGCGAUCGCGCUCCUCGACUUGUUCGUGCAGCUCAACUACACGGGUCCGGCCAUUGAAGACGAGAAGCUCGCGGACCUCUAUGCGCUCUGCCACGUGCUCCUCCCGGCGCACGAAAGCCAAGUGACCAAGAUUCGUCUUCACACGAACGCGAUUGUGUCGCUCCAGGUCGAUGGCGAGUCGCCCUUUAGCAUCUGCGAGCACCCGUACUUUCUCGAGCUGGCGCGCUGCCUCCUCCACUACCUCGGUCUCCAGUCGUUCGUCAACUGGUCGCACCCGGAGGCGAUCGACCGCAUCAACACGUUUACGCCCAUGGACCAGCUUUCGCGCCAGCCGCGCACGUUGAACGGGUUCCAGCGCCCGAUUUCCACCGACGUCAUGGUCGGCCUGCGGUCCAUGGUGUCGCACCAUUGGUGGUGCGGCCGCGCACUCGUUGCGCACCAGCGCCUCCUCAUUACAAAGUCGCCGAGCAACACGCUCUGGGCCGAGACGCAGCUCUGCUUUUCGUUUGCGCUCUCGUCGUUCCACGUGGCCAACUGCUCGUCGCCGUACCUUCCGGCCCGCGCCGAGCUCGAGUGGGGCCUCGCGCAGCACUAUUUCGAGGUCAAGAACAAGGGCCGCGCCGACUUCAGCCGUGCGCUGCAGACCACGGGUCUCCAGGUUCAGCUCUCGGGCUCGAUGGGGAAGCGCACCAAGUUUCAAGUCAAAGAAGUCGCUCAAAUGGUGCUGCUCGCCAAGUCGCGCGUCGCCAACACACAGACAAGCUCCGAGUUUGCAGCCGCGACGGCCCAAACCACGCACGUCGACUUUGGUGGGCUCAGCACGGGCGCGUCGGAAGAUAAUGAUGAUGACGAACUCUCGGCCGAAGACAAGCUCGUCGCAGAUGGCGAGGCCGCGUACCGAACCAUCACGCGCGAUCAAGCCGACCCGGACAACAUUCUGCUCGAGAAGAUUGCGUUCACCGACACGAUCGACAACUCGAAUUUGCAAGUCGUCGACCAAACCAUCUUGCUGGCGCUCUGCCUCGACGUCAAGAACUCGAAUGCGAACGACGGCCUCACGCGCGAGCAGAUGAUGCCGUAUCUCACGCGCGUCCUCGACAACCCCAACAACUGGAUGGUCUACUCGACGGGUCUGCUCGAGCGUGCGUGGCUCGAGUGCGAGACGAUGCGGUCCCGCGAGCGCGCGGUGCUUCAGAUGCAGGCGCUUGUCGACCAGCACACGACGCGCCUCACGAUCACGCAGACGUCGCUCAAGAUGAUCCAGGACGCAGCUCCCGCGCACGAACGCAUGGAACACAUCUACUCGCUCGUCUUUCCGCCGCGGUAUGCGCUCAAGCGGGACCUCGCCGAGCGGUACUUCGGUCUGGGCGUCUACAACAGCGCGCUCGAGAUCUUCAAGGAGCUCGAAAUGUGGGACGAGAUCGUCCAGUGCCACCAGCUACUCGACCAGCCCAAGCGCGCCGAAGCCAUGGUGCGCCAGCGCCUCGAGGUCGCGCCGACGCCCUUCAUGUGGUGCUCGCUCGGCGACAUCACCGACGACGUCGCGCACUACGAGACGUCGUGGAACGUCUCGAACGGCCGCUUCGCCCGCGCCAAGCGCUCGUGGGCGCGCAAGCUCUACGAGCAAGGCGACAUCCCGGCCGCGAUUGCGCACCUCCAGGACGCGACCAAGGUGCAGCCCAUGUUUACGCAAGCAUGGUUCUUCCUCGGGUCCCUCGCGAUGCGCAUGUCGCAGUGGGUCGUCGCGUUCGAGGCCUUCACGCACGCGGUGCAGCUCUCGCCCGACGACGGCGAAGCGUGGGGCAACAUUGGCUCGAUCCACCUCCGACUGAAGAACUAUGGCCAAGCCUUCUCGGCCUUCCAGGAGGCGCUCAAGCAGAAGCGCAACAUGUGGCAGAUGUGGGAGAACUUCCUCCUCUGCGCCAUGGAGUGCGCGCGGUACGGCGACGCCAUGUACGCGAUGCACAUGCUGCUCGACUUGCGGGACAAGCACAAGCGUCCGAUCGACCACGAAGUGCUCGCGUGGCUCGUCCAAGCCAUUGUCUACCCGACCAAGAGCACAACACAUGGCGAGGACGAUGGUACGACCGCGGUCGACGACGACUCGGUCGACGCAUCCCUCGUCGAUGUCGGCUCGAUGGCCGUCCUCGAUGACGACGACGAGGACAAGAUCCCGACGAUCGCGCCGCCCGUGUCCGAGUACAACUACACCAAGCAGCUCGGGAAGCUCCUCGGUCGCAUUACAUCGAUUGUGACCAACGACGCCAAGGUGUGGCAGGUCUACGCGCACUUUCAAGACGGCGUCGGACAGCCCCAGAAGGCGCGCGAGUGCCGCUUGAAGGAGUGCCGUGCGCUCCAAAAGGCCGGGUGGGAGACCAAUGUCGACGACCUUGUGCCGCUCUGCAAGGCGGCCCUGCGCCUCGCCAACGACUACCUCCAAGACGGCUCCAAAGCCGCCCUGUACGACUGCCGCAUGUACCUCAAGACGCUCACGAAGAAGGUCCAAGUGACGUUUGCCGACUUGCCCGAAGUAGUUGAAGUGGCCGCGAUGCUGCAGGACAUUGAAGCCCGCGAAGCGGCGGCGCCGUAAUUCAAGAAAUCCUUUAAGUUGGCCAAUGGGGUCUAUGGGCCACAAU